AUGAACGAAACAACAACAAUUUUCACGGGCUAUUCGUUUCAUCUUCCUAUUGAAUCAUGGUUCAUUCCUGUUGGCAUUUUCACUCUUCUAUGUCUUCUUCUAUCAACUUUCUUCUCUAUUGCUUGUUUCCUUCAAAUUCUAUUUGAUAAAACUUGUCAUACAAUCCCAAUGUUAUUAGUUGGAAAUUCUUAUUUUAUUGCUAUUCUCUUUGGUAUUGAUCAGAUCUAUACACGAUGUUUUACAUUAUUUAAUGAUCAUCAACGGAUUCAAUACCAUGAUUUACUUUGUAACUUUCGAGGAUAUUUCGGAUAUGCGACUUGUUCAAUUCAAAAUAGUUCGUAUUUAUUACAAGCUGUUUAUCGAUAUGUUACUAUUGUUUAUCCAACUCGUUUCGUUCUUCAAUCAAUUCGUUUUCAGCUUUUUCUCAUUACAUUAACAUGGCUCAUUGGUUUGCUUUAUCCGAUUGGAUUUUUGUUUACAAAUGAAAUUGUUUAUAAUAUUGACAAUCAAAUUUGUCAAUUACCAUUGAAAUUAUCAUUUUCCAUUAUCUACAUGGCGAACGGUGCUUAUAUAAUUCCUGUUUUAUUGACAAUAUUUGUGUAUUUCAAAUUGAUUUUAUAUGUGAAAAUAAUGGGUAAACGUGUAACAUCAGUAAAUACACUACUUCGUGCACAACGUGAAUUAAAAAUGGUUCGACGUAUUGUUAUUCUCGUUAGUAUUCUGUUUAUACUUUGUUUUCCAUAUGCAAUGUUUAUUUUUUUGUCAUUUUUUAUAACAAUACCGAAGUAUCAUCUGAGAAUAUCGUAUGUAUUUAUUGACGUUUCGUUCAUUGCUGUAGUCAUUGUUCUCUUUCAAUUUACCGAACCUUUGAAAAUGUCUGUAAUGAGAAAAGUAAGGACACAUAAUAUUGUACCGAUACUGAGCAUCCAAAAUUGA